AUGGCGCGCCGUGAGUCUCUCUCAGAGAUUCGCGCAGCCAACCCCGAGCUCUCCUUGACUGGGAACAUCAUCUCCGCGACCUUCAACAUCCCCCAUGCUGUGACAUACCACAAGGGCGGCGCUUGGGAUCUGAAGCCUCGCCGUGGUCAGUCGGCCCUCAUCGACUCUUUCGCCUAUCUCUCGUCUGAUGCGACGCCAUGGAAUCAUACUGUUGUCGCCUGGACAGGCGAGAUUGGACACCCUGACGAUGACCCGCUCUCUCCCCCAGACACCCCUUCAGCUGCGGCUACCGCUACCACAGCCGUCAGUUCGCUGUCGGCUCCCGUCCCGAUCGAUGCCACUACGCGAUUGCCUACACCUCCCCCAGUUGAUGGACUCUGGGUCCCUAAGGGAGACCAGACGCGGCUGGAGCAGCAGCUGGCCCAUAGCAAAACCAUUCGCACCGUGCCUGUCUGGCUUGCGGACGAGAGCGAGGCCACCGACGAUGGCAUCAUGCUCAAGGACCAGGCCCGUUGGAGGCGCUAUGCUGAGCAUGACCUCUACACACUCUUCCAUUACAAGCAGCACGAGCCUACCGAUGGCCGCAAGGAACGCGCUCAGUGGGCAGAUUACUACCGUAUGAACCAGAAGUUUGCCAACAAGAUCAUUGAGAUCUACAAGCCUGGUGAUGUCGUCAUCGUUCACGAUUACUAUCUUAUGUUAUUGCCUAGCAUGCUACGCCAACGUGCUCCGAAGAUGUACAUCUCCUUCUUCCUCCAUUCGCCGUUUCCCAGCAGCGAAUUCCUUCGAUGCCUGCCUCGCCGCAAAGAGGUGCUCGAGGGCAUCCUUGGCGCAAAUCUUGUGGGAUUCCAGUCGUACAGCUAUUCGCGCCACUUCCUCAGCUGCUGCACCCGCAUUCUCGGCUUCCCAUCUGACACCCUUGGCAUCGAUGCGUACGGCUCCAGAGUACAGGUCGGAGUCUUCCCCAUCGGUAUUGAUGCCGACAAGGUAGAAAGCACCGCUUGGGCGGAUACUGUCAAUGAGAAGCACGCCGCGGUGCUGAAGAUUGUAAGAGGCGUGGCUCAAAAGCUUCAGGCGUUUGAGCGCUUCUUGGAAAUGUACCCUCACUGGAGAGAAAAGGUGGUUUUGAUCCAGGUCACAUCUCCCACCAGCGUCGAGGCUGAAAAGGACGACCCGGAGAACAAGAAUGCCAGUCGAGUCAACGAGCUCAUCAUCAAGAUCAAUGGUGAAUAUGGCAGCCUCGGCUUCUCGCCAGUGCAGCACUAUCCCCAGUACCUCAACCAGGCCGAGUAUUUCGCCUUGCUUCGUGCAGCCGACAUUGGCCUCAUCACCUCGGUUCGCGAUGGCAUGAAUACGACCAGUCUCGAAUACAUUGUUUGCCAAAAGGACAAUAACGGCCCUCUCAUUCUUUCGGAGUUUAGUGGAACAGCGGGUAGUCUCCGCGAUGCAAUCCACAUCAACCCCUGGGAUAUCACGGGCGUAGCGGAGAAGAUCAACGCGGCACUGACCAUGUCUGUCGAGGAGCGCACCAAGAUGCAGACUAGCCUCUACAACCACGUCACGACGCAAAAUGUGCAGUCGUGGAUCACCAAAUUCGUUCGCAAAGUGCACUCUGUGCUGGCCGAAACCAACUCAAGCAAAUCAACGCCCUUGCUUGAUCGUGCCCUCCUGCUGUCUCGCUACCGCUCUGCAUCGAAGCGCUUGUUCAUGUUUGAUUACGAUGGCACCCUGACGCCCAUUAAUUCGGUUUGGAUUAUCUCGGGCCGAGACCAAGAAUUCCUCCAGCAGCACCUUGGCCACAUCCCCCAGAUUGGGUUCUCCGCUGAGCAUGGUAGCUUCAUGAGAGACCCCGGUAGCGAGGAGUGGAUCAACCUGGCGGAGAAAUUCGACAUGGGCUGGCAAGCAGAAGUCAUGGAGGUGUUCCAGAGAUACACGGACAAGGUUCCAGGUUCCUUCAUCGAGCGAAAGCGUUGCGCCCUGACCUGGCAUUACCGACUUGCCGAGCCCGAGCAGGGCCUACACAUGUCACGCGAGUGCCACAAGGAGCUGGAAGCUGGAGUGGGCCAGAAGUGGGAGGUCGAAGUGAUGCCGGGCAAGGCCAACAUUGAGGUACGCCCUACCUUUAUCAGCAAGGGUGAAAUUGCCAAGCGGCUGGUGGCCACCUAUCACAACCCGGGAGCUGCCCCGACAGAGAAGGAUCCGCACCCUGGAAAGAUCGAGUUUGCUCUCUGCUCCGGAGACGACUUUACGGAUGAGGACAUGUUCCGCAGUCUCAACGGGGCAUCAGGUACGAUCCUGGAUGAUCAACACGUCUUUACGGUUACUGUGGGGGCAAGCACCAAGGUGACGCUCGCCAAAUGGCACCUGCUUGAGCCCGAAGAUGUGAUUGAGUGCGUGGGACUGCUGGCCGGUGCUGGCGACCCAGCCAGCCUCGAGCGUGUGGGAGAGGUCAAUCUGGCAGCUCUCAGCACAGUCGAGGGACACAUCCCGGCCGAGGAGCUGUGA